GGCAAUCGUGAUCCUCCCCUAUCCAGGCCAGGGCCACAUCAAUCCACUGCUCCAGCUCUCCCUGGCGCUGGCGUCCACGAUGGGAUUCCGCGUCACAUUCGUCAGCACCAGGAAGAAUCACGGCGCCAUUGUGCUAUCGCCAGAGGAUCGCGGCAUCGGCAUCCACCUCGCCACGAUUCCAGAUGAGAUGCUGCCGGAGUGAAGCAUGCAGGACAUCUCGAAAUUCAUCGCUGCUACCAGGAGGAUGGAGGAGCCGUUCGUGGAGCUGAUCGUUGGCCCAUCGUCGUCUUGCCCGGUGAGCUUCAUUGUGUCGGAUUCUAUCCUCGGAUGGGUGGAGGAAGUGGCUAGGAGAUUCGCAUUCUAUCCACUGCCAGUCGCGACGUUUCUAUCGGAGCAAGGUAUUCCUUUGCACUUGGCUGCUGGAAGGAUCCCCAUCGAUCGAGACACUGUGAAGAGUGACGAUGUUGUCUAGAUUCCGCGGCUUCCUCCUUUGCAUCCCACCGACUUGCCCGACUUCAUCAAGAGCUCUUUCGAUGACACUGGCUAUGACACCGCCAUUCUUCGCAACCAGGGGCUCAAAAACGCUGCCUGGAUCAUCGUCAACUCGUGCGAGGCUCUGGAAGGCAGCGAGAUCGCAGCAGCUCGAGAGCAAGGAUUUCCUCAGCUGGUUCCAGUAGGUCCUCUACUCCCUGCCGAGUUUUUGGAGGCUGACUCUAUCAAAUGGGAAUCACAGGAGCUCUCUGGGGAGAAGAGGACGUCUGCAUGGAGUGGCUAGACAGGCUCGAUCCUCUACGUUUCAUUUGGGAGCAUCUCGAGCAUCUCGGUGGCAGAACUGGAAAGUCUCUUCGACGGCUUGGAGAGAUCCAAGGAGGCGCGUCGCGAGAGAGCCAACAGGCACGGCCUCGUCGUUCGCUGGGCUCCUCAGCUGUAAGCUCUCCGACAUUCGUCGGUCUCAGCGUUCUUGACGCACUGUGGAUGGAACUCGACGCUCGAGAGCAUCUGUGCGGGCGUCCCAAUGAUCUGCUGGCCGUGCUUCUUCGAGCAGAGGUUGAACUGCAAGGACAUUGUGGACGUCUGGAAAGUUGGGAUUCGACUCGAUGAUCGUGGGAGAGAUGGAACCAGGGGUGACAAGUUUCCUGCAAGGGUGGAAGAGGUUGUUUGUGGGAUGAUCAGGGGUGAGCUGGGAUUGCGGACAAGGGAGAAAAUCUGGGAGCUUAGAGAUGGUUGCAGGAAAGCCUGACGUUUCCACCAGUGUGAAAGUCCAAAGCUCAACUCUUUUAUGUUUCUUUGCGAUUUCGGAUCCAUCUUGGGCCCAAGAAGAUAGAGUUUGCGGGUUCGCAGCCACCGGGGAUAUUAAGAAGUUUGCGCUGCCACAGCGUGGAGGCUCUUUACGCUGCCACUUGGCACUGAAAUCGCCACCGUCCACGUCCUGCUUAUUUGUUCUUGCGCGAGCUCUCAGUGGAUCACUUUUGCACUAUGGAGUCAUCGGAUGCAGCACCGCGCUUCGAGAUUUGUAUCGCGGUCGCGAGCAGCAAGCACAGCCCCGGGUCUGACAACGAUGCUGUGGCGAGCUAUAUCAAGGCGUUGAAGAAUAGUGGCCUCGUCGUUGAGAUCGAAGAGGGCUUGGAUUCGAUCAGAUUCAUCAAGAUCGCGGCACCUAUCGAGGUUGUUGGUCGCACAGCGGAGAAGCUCAACAUCAAGAAAUCGACUUACCUUGGAUUAGAAGUACCAUUUGUUUGGGAGAAGCGAGAUGCAUUUGUGCGACAAGCAAUCAGCAACUCGUUGUUUACCUGGACAGAAAAAUACAGUUGCAUGGAGUACCUGUUGUAUAGUGUGGCUAAUGAGAAAGACCAUCCUGUGAAGUUCACGGUGGGUGAAUCAUCGGAGCUAGAGCUAAAACCGGGAGAGAACAUGCUUGCAGUGCUCAAGGCUUCUGAAGUUGUUAAGGAUGUCUUCGUGCUUCACGAUGAAACCACGCGUAAUGAAUUGUUGAAAGGUUGGGCAAUGAAUUUCAAAGGGCUUACGUCGCAACCUGUAGAUGCCAUCCACGCGUAUUUCGGUGCCAAGGUGGCUAUAUAUUUUGCGUUUCUUGGAAUGUAUACGCAGUGGCUUGUCAUUCCGUCUAUAGUGGCGGCUUUCUUUUAUUACAAGGAAUCAAGACCAUGGGGAACUGCUCUCCCUGUAGCCCUUUCUGUAAUGACUGUGGUUUGGUCAGUGCUCUUCUUGCAGUUUUGGAAAAGAAAAAACGCAGCACUGCUUACAAGGUGGGGAGUUUCUUUAGAUCGCAGCGAAGGGCCUGAGGAGGCGGAGAACAUAGAUUUUGCGGCGGUGACAAACGAGGGCGGGAUACAGGCAGGAAGAAUCCAUGAGAUGGAUAUCAACAAGCUGCAGAAGCAGGCAUUUCAGAAGAAGGAAUGGCUGGAACAGCUGAAAAGUGCGAGAAAUAAUGGGAUUGUUAUUGUGGGAAUCAUAUUCGUUCAACUUCCUUUCGAGCUUGCAUACGCACACAUGAACAAGAUGGCAUCAUAUGAAGUACUAAGGUAUUUUUUAACGGUGAUAUAUCUCUUAGGAAUUCAAGUGUUUACCAAUCUUGGAGGGAAGAUUGCAGUGAAGCUUACCAAGACCGAGCACUAUGGUAGCAAAGAGGCUGAAUCAGAUGGACUCAUCUACAAGGUGUUUGGGAUUUAUUUCAUGCAGUCUUACAUCGGCUUGUUUUACCAUGCAUUGUUUCAUCGAGACUUCAUUGUGCUACGGCACUUCCUUGUUCAACGACUGAUAAUCGCCCAGAUAAUGAGCAACAUUUCUGAAAAUGUGGUACCAUGGUUCUCGUAUUUGUAUGCGAAACAUAAAGCUACGAAGCAUGACGAGGAACAUAAAAAAUCGGAUGACAAGAAAAUACGCUCGCCAGUCGAAGAGGAAUAUUUGAAACCAGAAUAUAGUUCCAGUGUUGGAGACGAUCUGGAAGAUGGACUAUUUGACGAUUUCCUAGAACUCGCCUUACAGUUCGGCAUGGUUACCAUGUUUGCUUGCUCGUUUCCCUUGGUCUUCGUUUUUGCUCUCAUCAACAAUUUGGUGGAGAUACGCUCGGACGCAAUCAAACUCUUGCUGAUGUUUCGAAGGCCCAGACCACGAGAGGCGGCAUCCAUUGGAGCGUGGCUCCAAAUCUUUCAGUACAUGGGUGUGGUGGCUAUCUGUACAAACUGUGCACUGCUGGUGUGCCUAUAUGACGAAGCUGGCCAAUGGAACGUAGAACCGGGGAUGGCCGCUAUACUCGUGAUGGAACACCUCUUGCUACUCGCAAAAUUUGGUUUCAAGUGCUUUGUUCCUGAGGAGCCCGCGUGGGUCAAGGCAAAGCGCGCGAGACGAGCCCGUCUCCAGGAGAAGUACACACUGCAAAUCCUGAAAGAUGGAAAACAUAGAGACUUGUAAAGGACGUGCUUUCGUAGGUUUGAAGUGUGAGCAGCUUACUCUUUAUACAAUUUGUCACAGUUUUGGAGCUCCUGCGAAAUAUUGGUACUUCUCUUUCGAUCAAUUCAAUUUGCUCGAUUACUGUU